CUCACACGCGAGGCUCGUCGACCAGUACGCCAAUCUUCUGUUGUCACUUGUCGAUACCUCAUCUGCGUUGGUGUCGGAAACAAGCAGAUAUCAGAACUCGUUUGUUUCUCGAAUACACCCCCCGAGAUCAUCAUGUGUCGAGCAUGUACAUAUCCAUCGCCGCAGGCUCAUACUGCAGGGGGUGUGGCUUGGGCAGUCCCCGUCGAUAUUGCACGACUUGGUCCGCACCUAGAAGCCUACAUGGAGGCAAAGCCCGCCAUGGACGCCCUCCGCCUGUGCCACCGCUUCGGGACUGGUCAGAAGGCCUACAUCACCAAGCUUCCUAUGGAGCUAAUCGCCAUGAUUGAGAACGAGUUACAGAAAGCCUCUCGCAAGUCGAAGGCUAAAUGUUGGAAAGAAGACUAUCUCUGCUUCCAAGACUGCUGCACCCUGGAAGAUCAUUUCAGCGACGAGGAGACAGAAGAGCUGUACGAUAUCUGUAGAUCUGAGCUUGGUCUCGCUCGCCAUAGAUCUGAAUGUGAUGGAGGCAAGACCUGCAAAUGCAAGGAGGGAGGAGAUUCCUUAGAUUCCGAGUAUGAUGACUUCUCGGAUGAUGAGGCAGUCGGGGACAUGGUCGUUGAUAUGAUGAUAGAGAGUGGAACGAGAUAUGAGGUUCAUUUCGAGAGGUGUCGCCUAUGGCAGAAACGCACCAACAAGAACUGCUCUUCGGGCCCCUUUGAAAAAGUUCAGCAGGUCCUCAAGUCUGACUUUGGAUUGUCCGCCACCACAUUCCACCAGCGGAUCAAACACCCUGAUACCCACCUCCUCCAGCUUGAUGGUCAUGUCUCCAUUGACGAAUCCCCCAAAGUUACACUAUGCUACAUGACCCUUCCAGACAAGAUAGUCACCGAAGUGGACGAGGCAGAAGAUCUUUGCGCUGAUUCUGGGGAAGUCAUUGAGGGCUACAACGGCAUAAGCACCAUCAUCGAUCCGCGCUCCCUCAAAAUCACCGAGAGCCAGCGUCGACGCUUUGGCCGAGCCAUGAAGCUCUUGGACCUCAAGCCCUAUUUCCACUUCAGCCAAGUUCGCAACAACAUCCCGACCAGACUAUCGAGUGAGGAAAUCGAGAAGGUCCUUGACUCUGCCAACAUGUGUCAUCAACAUCAGGAGGAACAUCGUAAACGCGCCCGCGUAGAUAUGAAGCGGCGCAUUAAGAAGCUCGAGCAGUCGAAGUGGCCGAAGCUCAUGUCGCUCGUUGCAUCUAGCUUCACGAUGGCCCUUUAAAGUUCAGUAUAUCAGCUUUCAGGCGGACGAGCUUCUUCUUCGUCCUGCCGACGACAUGAGAUGAGGCAUCAUCGACGACGUACUUUACGAGUCAACUCUCAAAGCUAGCAAAAUUACUCCACAACUGCCAGCGUUACGACUCACUUUCAACGACGGAACGUACUUUCU